AUGGUCCCGACUCCCCAGCCAGCGGACGCUCUGCCUCUGCUUGGCGGGAAGCUGCUGCGCGCGGCGGGCGACACAGGCGACACAGGCGACACAGGCGACACAGGCGUCACAGGCGUCACACGACGAGAGGGAGAGGGCGGAAGGGCGAGCGGUGCCCAGGUGGCCAAGAGGCAAGACGCAGCGCAGCGCGAGCACCGUGAGAGUUGGCACGAGGGCGUGUCUCCACCGGCGCAGCGCGACGUGAGUUGCGGCCGUUCUUCCGUCUUGUCGGCCUCCGCGUCGCCUGGAGAAGAGCCAGAGUUCACGCCGGGCUCGCCAAUCACAGCGCGGUGCCCAGCCCGAGCCAAGGCCUUCGAGCCAAGCAACACCAAGGCCAAGAUGGAGCCAGGCAAAUCGCAUGGAACUUGGGUUCUUGUCCUCUCCUGA